AUGCAUGUUUUGAAGGCCGAAGAACAUAUCUGUCAAAAUGUGUUCUUCUUUUUCUUCUUCUCUUUCUUUUUCAUUCUCCUUUUCUUCUUCUUCUUCUCUUUCUUCUUCUUCCUUCAUUUCUUCUCCUUCAUUCUUUUCUUCUUCUUCCUCCUUCAUAUCUUCUUCAUCUUCUCUUUCUUCCUUCCUUCUUCUUCGUUCAUUCCUUCUUCUUCAUUCUUUUCUUCUUCGUUUUCUUCUUCUUUUCUUUUCUUCUUCGUCCUCUUUCUACUUUCUUCCUUCUUUUUUUCCUUCCUUCCUUCUUUUCUACCUUCCUUCUUUCCCUAUUUCCCCCUUUUUACGUUUACUCUUUCUUUCUUUCUUCCUUUCUUUCUUUCUUUCCUCUUAUUACUUUUCUCAUUACUUUCUUUCUACCAUUCUUUUUCGUAUCAUCAUCACCAUUAUCUUCUUCUUCUUCUUCUUCUUCUUCUUUCCAUCCUCACUUUUUCUUUCUUUUCUUUCUUUCUUUUUUCUUUCCCUUUUUCUUCCUUUUUACAUUUACCGCCUUUUCUUUUUUUCUUUUUUCUUUCUUUUCUUGCCUUUAUCUUUUACAUGCUUUUAUUUUCGUUCUGUCUAAAUAGUUUCCUUCCUUCUUUUUCGUUUCCUUCUCCAUUCCUUUUUCUAGUCCUCAUUCUUAUUACUUUCUUUUCGCCAUUUUUUUCAUCAUCAUCAUCAUCAUCAUCAUCAUCAUCAUCAUCAUCUUUCUUCUUCUGCUGCUGCUGCUGUUUCUUCUUCUUCAUCUUCUUUUAUUUAUUUCUUCUUCUUCUUACUAGUUUCCUUCUUGCUUACUUUCGUUUAGCUUCCCCUUUCUUUUUUUGUGUUUCCUUCAAUUGCUUCUUUCUUUUUGCCUCCACCCCCGAUUUUUAUCGAGUUAUCCCCUCAUUCUUGCUUUCUUUCUUUCUGACAUUUCUUCCUUUGCUUUUUUUUUUUUUCCACAAUCAACAAAGUCUCCAUAUCCAAUUGUUGUUCACUUGCACUUUGUCCUCCUCAUAA